GCUACACGGGCUGCCAGUUGCGAGGAGCGAAUGUGAAGACCCGUGCUCUUAUGAUAAAGGAUUUAGUCCUGAUAUGUCUAAACACGAAUAAUACAUAUAAGGUUUGUUCCUGAUCUGUCUUUAAUACACAUAUAUGAGACCCCGACACGCGCAUGCGCAGCGGCUGCCUGUGUGGCGCGCACUGAGGACAUGGCCAGCGCGAGGGUUCCCUUAGACGAGCAACAUGUGACCGAGCCCGGUGGACGGCCGCUUCCCGCUCUGCACCCCCAGCGCAAGGAGGAGAGGUGUUUCCUGCUCUAUGCUCCACCUCCAGAGGAGGACUCACCUGCGCAGGUGGAGGAGUUUCUGGAGAACAGCCAGUUUAUCUAUGAGGACAUGGAGUGGCUGCUAGCUUUGCCACAUGACAAGUUCUGGUGCCAGGUGGUGUUUGACGAGUCUUUGCAGAGGUGUUUGGACUCCUACCUGCGGCUUUCCCCACGCGGCACUGACCCCCCCCCACUCUACUCCUCUCCAGCUGUGAUGGCCAUGCAACACAGCCUUCAUCGCUCUGUCUUCAUGGUCUUCCUCAGAAUGGCCACACACAAGGAGUCAAAGGAGAACUUCCUCACUCCUGCUGUGUUUGCAGAAAUUAUUUAUGACAAUUUCCUGUUCGACAUUCCAAAAAUCCUGGACCUCUGUGUCCUGUUUGGCAGAGGGAAUGCCCAGCUGUUACACAAAAUGAUCGAGAACAUCUUCCAUCAGCAGCCCAGUUACUAUAGUGACCUGAAUGAGACAGUACCGUCUAUUAUUCAGGUAUUUGAUACAGUUCUGGAGAAGUGUGGCCUACAGUCUGAAGACACUGGUGCCACUGAGCCUCUCAAACUGAACACACACUUGCGCAUCACUACCAUGACUAUGUCAGAAGAGGACCUCAGUGACCUGGUCUUAUACCUGUGUGACACCUGCAGUACGCUUCACGCCUUCCUGGACAUCUUCCCUGAAGCUUCCUCCAUGUUUCACCAGCAUGGCUUCCUCAGCAGAGUGUCCUCCUUCUAUGAAAUGGCAGUUCCUGACCUGGAGAAAGCAGUGAAGAAGAGACACUUCACUAAGUGUCGGCAGGAGGACUUGUGGAGGAGAUUGUGUCACUCACGCAGGAGAAUAGUGGAGAUCACACACCUGCUGCUCCAACACACCUGCCUUCAGCCCAUCCUGGAGGGGUCAGAAGACACAGCUGUGUUUGUAGAUGAUCUUCUACAGAUCUUCACUGCUUUUCUGCAAGAAAAAAGGUUUCUGGUUGACUAUGAUGAACAGUACCCCGUUGCCGAUGACAUCAGUCUCCUUCAGCAAGCCUUCCCUCAUCUAGAUGAGACGAGGACAUCAUACCUGCUGCAAGGGCUCGAAUCUGCCUGGACGAGUCUGGGGAAAAAAAGAUCCCAGCCUUCUGUUUCCUCCUCAGCCAAUCACGGUGGAGAGACCAUGAGCAAAGCAUGCUGGGAUACUGCACAAGACCAGACAGAGGCAGCAGGAGGAGAAGUUGAAUUAGGGGCGGAGCUUCAAGGGGCCAAGGCUAUGACAGACAUCCCUCACAAAGGAGGCAAUGGGGCAGUGUGCACUGUGAGCGCUGGAGAACUGGAGUCUCUGCUGUCUCAUAUCCGAGACCUGCUGCCAGACCUGGGUGAGGGCUUUCUGAUGGCCUGCCUGGAGGAGUAUGGCUACGACAGCGAGCUCGUCAUCAACAACAUCCUUGAGGAGAAGCUGACUCCUGGACUCGCCCGGCUGGACAGAGCGAAGCCCAGGCCAAAGAGGGAAGCGCUGCCCUCUGUGCUCAGCUCUAGAUCCAAUGUGUUUGAUGAUGAUGAGUUUGACGUCUUCAACCGCGACCAGCUGGACAUGACCCGUGUGUGGAAGGGCAGGAAACAGGAGGAGAACGUGCGAGACAUGCUUAACGAUAAACAGCACAUCACUGAGCAGCGCGCACGAUAUCAGGCGUACCAGACCGUUGUAGAUGAAGCUACCAUAGCGACUGAGCGGUCAGGUGACCAAGUUAGUGCUUAUGACCUCGACGAUUACGACGACGAGUACGAUGACACGUAUGACCUCAACCAGGUGGGAGCCAAUGACCUCGACGAGGAUGAUGACCUGCUGACCCGCAGGCCAUUCACCACCCCGCAGGUACUCAGCACAGGAAGGCAGAGUCCGGAGGAGGAGGAGGAGGAUGAUAAAGAAGAAGAGAAGGAGGGGGUGCUAAAGCGAGACCACUUCCUCCAGGACCCUGCGGUGCUCCGAGCACGUGCAGACGCACGACGUCUGGCCCUGCAGAGCAGGAGAGGCUACAGGCCUCCACCCGCUAGUCACGUGAAGGGCGGACCAAAGGGGCGGGGCCAGACACAGGAAACUGUGCUGGACCGGCGCAAGAAGGAAACGAACAAGAGUCGCGGAGCCAAUCACAACCGCCGAGUCAUGGCUGACAGGAAGAGGAACAAAGGGAUGGUCCCGUCCUGAGAUGCUUCUGCCACCAAGGCAACAACUCAGCCAUCGCUACCGGCAACAUGUCACAGCCUAUGGUGGUGAUGAAGUGUCGGGUUGGUGGUAACAUCUGCAGAGCAGAGAGAGGCCGUCCUGCAGGACUGGACCUGCCGUUUUGUUUCCUGAGGCGGUUCUGAUGCGUUUCCUGUAUGCCCACCACAGUGGACGGACAAGGGCAUGGUGACGGGGUUCCUUUUUUUAGAUAAAGGAAAAGUUUAAACGAAGUUCUUGGUUUCUAAUGGAACAGUGAAGUGACGAGGCUUUUGUCCUGUAACAAAUAAAUUUAUUCAACAGAA